UCUCUUUUUUCAAUUCAUUUCAUUUUCAUUAUUUACUAUUUACUAUUACUGUAUAACAGUGGCCGGUUUUAAGUCGGUGGUGGUCUAAAAUGAUUUUUUGUAUUAUUUCUUAACUUUAGAAAAGUAAAGUGUCUAAAUUUCCGAAAAAUGAUGUCUGUCAAGCUAUUUAGACAAAUCCAUGCCAAAAGUGGCUUCAACUACAGCGUUUUAUCGUCUGUAUUUAGAAGAGGAUUUUUGGGACUAAGGAAUAAGCAGAAUGAAGAAAAUUCAGUUCUUCUUGGGACAGUUUCUAACAGGCUUAGAACAGUUUAUCAAAACAAACUACUACCUUUAGAAGAACAAUACCUGUUUCAUGAGUUCCAUUCUCCAAUGUUGACGGAUCAAGAUUUCGAUGCCAAACCUAUGAUUAUGUUUAUUGGACAGUAUUCAACAGGGAAAACGACAUUAAUCAAGUACUUGCUGGAGCAAGAAUUUCCUGGAUGUCACAUCGGCCCUGAGCCCACCACCGAUAGAUUCAUAGUUAUAAUGAAGGGUGAAAAGGGAAACUGUAUUCCCGGUAAUGCCUUAGUCUUGGAUCCUAAGAAACAGUUUAAGCCUUUAACCAAGUUUGGAACAUCAUUUUUAAAUAGGUUCCAGUGUUCACUCGUUGAAUCGCCAGUUUUAGAUUCGGUUUCAAUCAUCGACACUCCGGGAAUUCUUUCUGGUGAGAAACAAAGAGUCGACAGGGGGUAUGAUUUUGCCGGUGUUUUGGAAUGGUUCGCUGAAAGAGUCGACAGAAUCAUUUUGUUAUUCGAUGCAAACAAACUAGACAUUUCAGAUGAAUUUCGACGGGCGAUUGAAGCUCUAAGAGGACACGAUGACAAGAUGAGAAUUGUAUUGAACAAGGCCGAUGGAGUUGAUCACCAAUCGUUGCUGAGAGUGUACGGUGCUCUGAUGUGGUCUCUGGGCAAAGUGCUGAAUACUCCAGAAGUCGCCAGAGUGUACGUGGGAUCUUUUUGGGACGAGCCUCUUCGAUACGACAUCAAUAGAAGGCUCUUUGAAGAUGAAGAACAAGAUUUGAUGAAAGAUAUUCAGUCCCUCCCGAGGAAUUCAGCCCUAAGAAAGAUUAAUGAUAUCAGUAAAAGAGCAAGGUUGGCCAAAGUUCAUGCACAUAUAAUUGAUGCCAUCUACAAUAAAAUGCCCAGAUUUUUUGGGAGAGAACAGGAAAAAAGCAAUGUCAUCAGAGACUUGGAGAGUAUCUAUACAGAAAUAGAGAAGCAGCACCAAAUACCAUUAGGCGAUUUUCCUGAACUCGAGAAAAUGCAGGAACUGUUGUCUCACCAAGACUUUGACAAGUUCCGUCCCUUGGACCCGCAGAUGCUACAGAGAGUAGAGCAGAUGUUGGCCAAGGACAUCGCAGACAUCAUGACACUCGUGCCGCAGGAGGCUGCCACGGGGGUUGACAUUGCAGGUGGUGUGUUUGCUCGCGCCCAGGGCUCUCCGUUCGGCUACCACCUCGGAGAAGGUGCAAAUGCUGGCAAGCACGACCAAGAAUGGAUAGUGAACACUCGUAAGCCGAAGUAUGAUGAUAUCUACAAGGGCCUGAACCCUGUCAAUGGAAAAGUCAUGCAGUCAGCCGUGCGAGAAGAGAUGAUGAAGUCCAAAUUGCCGAACUCGGUGCUGGGAAAGAUAUGGCGGUUGGCGGACACUGACGAAGAUGGGUUGUUGGACGCUGAUGAGUUCGCCCUUGCGAUGUACCUGAUUGACCUUCGGCUGGAUGGUCAUGACCUUCCCAUGAACCUACCUGACCACCUCGUGCCUCCGUCGAAACGCAGCAAGCAGAGAGCAAGAUCAGCGUGAAUGAUAAGUGCUAGUUCAUUGUGCUUGUGAACAGUUAAUUACAGUUGAAAACUGUAGUAAAUAAAGCUUUCAAUCAACUGCUUAAAGCUGUUGGUAAAUAAAUGAUACGGAAGAAAUAAUUGCAUUUCUAAUAAAUAACUUGUGUAUUUUCAUUUUAGGCAUCAAAAUUGUGUACAGUAUUGUUUUGCAGAUAAAAGUUUAUUAGUGUUAAAUUUGACUAGAUUGUCUCUAAAAUGUAAUUUUGAAAUUGUUGAAAACGUUAAUCGUGUAUAUAGAUAUGCAAAUAGAAUGAACAUAAUUUAUUA